AUGUUGAUUCAAGAGUCUUUCCACGAUGUGCCAACCAAGGCAGAUGGGAAUGGAACCAUGCUGACUGGGCCUGUUUCACGGUUUGCUAGGCAAAUCGCUGGUCAAGGAUAUAUUUGUGCUGCUCCCUCUACUUAUCACGAAUUCACCGGUCCAGAGCCAUUGGAAUACAAUGCCGAGGACACGGAUAAAGGGAACAAAUGGAAAGUCAGCAAGAAAUUAGCUGCGUACGAUGAGGACGCAUCACUGUGUGUCGACUAUCUCUUGUCACUGCCCACAUGCACUGGUCGUGUGGGCGCGACGGGUAUGUGCCUUGGUGGCCAUCUUGCGUAUCGCUGUGCGUUAGAUAGUCGAGUAAAGGCGGCAGUGUGUUACUUUGCAACAGACAUCCACAGCAAGACCCUUGCUGCCGGUAAAAACGAUGAUAGCUUAGCUAGAGCAGAGGAUAUCAAAGGAGAAUUGAUAAUGAUCUUCGGAAAAAACGAUAACCAUGUCCCCCCGGAAGGAAGAGACCUAAUUCGUAAAACACUUCAAGACAAGGGGGUCUUGUUUAGCUUUUACGAGGUGGCUUGGGCUCAACACGCUUUUAUUCGUGAUGAACUGAGCAAGGGGCGAUAUGACCCCGCCAUCACCAAGGUUUGUUUCGAGAUGCUACUCGAGCUGUUUGGACGGACUCUGAAACUGGACCUGGGUGAGCACGAUGGCCGGGAAUUGGAGAUCGAGGAUGUGUGUUGA